GGAGAAGCAGUGCCAGCCACGAAGCCUGAAUAAUUUAAAAUGGGAAGAGAGAGAGAGAGGGAGAGAGAGAGCGUUAGAUCGUACAGAUUCUGCACCUUCCUUCGUUACACAAUACUCGCUUAUUCUUGUGAAUGGUUGAGACCCAAUGCCCGCAUGAAUUCAUCUUCUUCAUUCGUCGUUUUCAUCUGAAAAUUGUUCUACACCUUUCUUCCAAUUCUUCCGUUCUUGUAAAUUCUAGUGUACCUCAACCAUGGAUGAAUUUGGCACCUUGACAGAAAGUUUUGGGCUCAAACCUCAGGGCAAAUCGGCUCCAAUGGCUGCAUCCAAGGGAGCUCGAAGUUUCGGUGCCAAUUCGUCACGAUCGGUCCCUAAUUCGUCCCCGAUUGGUGGGUCUUUUAACGGCGAUUACGAUGGGUUUUUUCCGUCCACCACCAGUCGGCAACCCCAAAAUUUUGGCGGUUUGGAUGAUUACGACGAUGUAUUUGGGGGACCCUUUAAGCAGACGAAGUCGCCGGAUGGUCGUAGUGGGGGUUCUUCUUUCAAUUACGAUUCCAUAUUUGGGGGUUCAAAUGAUUCGGCAUCAAAGUCUUCAUCUUUGCCCUACGAUGAUGGUAUAUUUGAUUCAGUGCCAGGGUUCAGGAAGAGCUCGGCAUCGGUCAAGAACGAUGACUUUUUUGCUUCUAUGACGUCGCCUCCAACGUCUAAUUUGCAAGUUGAUGACCUGUUGGGGAAUUUCAAUAAAAUGGGGUCGGAAUUGAAUGGUUUGAGUAGAAAAAAUUCUGGAGAAGCAAAGAAGACUGCAGCUGGUUUUGACGAUCUCAUAUCCGGGUUUGGUGGAAGCAGUGCCCUAAAGAAUGGUUCAUCAGAAAAAGACCCCUUUGUAGUAUUAGAAUCAUUUUCAGCAUCUGAAGAGAAAGUAGAAAUGGGGAAUGAUGAAUGGUUGAGCACAUCGAAAAGUCCAUCAUUCAAGAAAUCUGAUAGCACCUCACCACCAUCAAGGAUCCGUCCUCUUAGACCACCGCCAGGUUCUAUUGGCUCCUUAAAUGCAGAAAAGAAGGUUAAUGGGGGUUCUUCUUUCCCCAAUUAUCUUGAUGAUCUGUACAGUAGUAAGACAGCUGCUGAUGCAAAUAAGAGCUCGGUUGCUUCAUCAAUGGAUGAACUCGAGGACUUUGCCAGGGGUAGGGUGCAGAAUGGUGCUAAGAAUCAUUCAGAUAUCCGUUCUAGUGCAAAAGCUGUUCGUGGAGAGGCUGCUGCUACACAAACAAAUCGACAAAUCAGUGGGGAUGAUUUUGAAUCAUUUUUUAGAGCAGGUGUACAAACAAGAAGUACUAGUGCUCCAAGGCCAAGGACUAGAGCUUCGGAUCCUGUGCUUGAUACACUCUUUCAAAAAAGACGAGAGCCUGAUGCAGCUCAAAGUACUUCUGCUGAGGCAGCAUUCAGAAUGAAGAAGGAUUCUUUCUUGACAGAUAUUAUUGAUGACUUCUCUUUUAUGUCUGUAGUUGCUGUGUCAUCUGUAGAAUUUCAGGAAAUUGAAGGAGAAAGUGAGGAAAGACGGAUAGCCAGAUUGAAACGCCAUCAGGAGACUAAGGAACGCAUGGCAAAAGCAGUAGCUGACAUUAACCAGAGAGACUUUCAAACUCAACAGGAGCAAGAAGAGAGGCAUAGGAUUGCCGAAACUCUGAAUACUGAGAUAAAACAUUGGGCUGCUGGGAAAGAAGGCAAUUUGCGCGCACUACUAUCAUCAUUACAACUUGUGCUUUGGCCUGAAUGUGGUUGGCAGCCUGUUUCAUUGACUGAUUUGAUUACUUCUGCCUCAGUCAAAAAGGUUUAUAAAAAGGCAACCUUAUAUGUCCAUCCUGAUAAGGUUCAACAGAAGGGUGCCAAUAUUCAACAGAAAUAUAUUGCUGAAAAGGUUUUUGACCUUCUCAAGGAAGCUUGGAACAAAUUUAAUUCGGAGGAACUGUGACAGGGAACUUAAGUUGUUUUGCAUUUGAGCUGCUGUACCACUAACUGGGCAGCUGCAUGAGAACUUGAAUUUUACCUUUUUCUUUUCCUGUCGAAGAUAUCUGGAAUGAAAGGUGCUCAUAUUGCGGUGGGAGAAUUAUGCUGUGCAAGUUCUUCGUUCGGGCAACUUUCCUUGAACAACCAAGAAGGUUGAAAAUUAUAAAUUGAUGUUGCUGCAGUCAAUCAGCCAACCCCAAGAUCAGCUUAUGUGAAUUGGAGUGGCUGAGGUGUGUGAAGAAAUAUUGUUCCGCAGGUAAACAUUAUUAAUGUUAUGUUUGUGAGAUAGAAUUGGGAGAAUCAGAUUUAAAAUUACACAGAAAGACGGGACAGCCUUUGAGAGUAAAUGAUUAGAAGGAAACAUCAUACAAACAUUUUAUUGAAUUUGCCACAACCCAAACCCAAAGCUUGAAAUCCAUGUUCUCAAAUACAUUUUAUACAAUUCCAAACAGCUCUAAAUUAAAGGCCCGAUUAGAGUCCCAUUGUGCAGUGUAAGCUAUUGUACGUAUGAGUAGGUAGGUUUCUUUCCCGGGCUGCACUUCUAUUUAUGAACUUCUGAUUUGUUGAUUGAAUAGCAAUACGUUCAAUGGAAUUACUGAAAAGUGUUUACGCUAAA